AUGCCCCUAGGGCUGGGAGUGUGUCAAGUUUGGAGACAGACUCUUUUGCGACGAGCCUUUUUGCGCCCAGUACUUCCUACCAGAGCGUUUUUUUUUCAGCGUAGUGCAAUGACAGAAGCUGAAGCGGCCGUGAAUCUGCUGGCUGACCCUGAGACGGGCGAGAUGAUUAGCAAGAGCGAGCUUAAGCGCCGGCAAAAGCAGCGGCAGAAGGAGGAUCAGAAGGCGGAGAAGGCCGCCAAGAUGCAGAAGGAGGGUGAUGCUGCGCCUGCCAAGGCUGGUGCGAACUUGGCAGCGGAAGAUGCCCUUACGCCGAACCAGUACUACGAGAUGCGGUGCCGUGCGAUCCAAAAGCUGCGUGAGACCCGCCAGCCUGAUCCGUACCCGCACAAGUUCCAUGUGUCGAUCAGUCUGACGGACUUUAUUGCGCAGUACCAGGACAAGGUCGAGGCGGGCUCGCAGCUUCCUGACGUGGUGUCUGUGGCGGGCCGUCUGCACAACAUGCGUGCGUCUGGCCAGAAGUUGCGUUUCUACGACCUGCACGCUGAGGGCGUCAAGAUCCAGAUCAUGGCACAGAUGCAGGACCACAAGGAGGGCGACUACUUUGAGGCGCACGACCUGCUUCGCCGCGGCGAUGUCGUGGGUGUCAAGGGUGUGCCGGCCAAGACGAAGAAGGGCGAGCUGUCGAUUGUGCCGCAUGCGAUUCAGCUGCUUUCGCCCAACCUCAAGAUGUUGCCGAAGGCAUCGGGUGGUGGCUUUACGGACCAGGAGCAGCGCUACCGCAAGCGCUACCUCGACCUGAUUAUGAACCAGCCCGUGCGUGACAUUUUCGUGAAGCGCGCGCGUACGAUUCAGUACAUCCGACGCUACCUGGAUACGCUGGGCUUCCUUGAGGUCGAGACGCCGAUGAUGAACCAGAUUGCUGGUGGUGCGAGUGCCAAGCCGUUUAUUACGCAUCACAAUGACCUCAAGAUGGACCUGUUUAUGCGUAUUGCGCCGGAGCUGUACCUCAAGGAGCUCGUGGUCGGUGGUCUCGACCGUGUGUACGAGAUUGGCCGUGUGUUCCGUAACGAGUCGAUUGACCAGACGCACAACCCCGAGUUUACGACGUGUGAGUUCUAUAUGGCGUAUGCGGACAUGUACGACCUCAUGGAUAUCACCGAGAGCAUGGUCUCGGGUCUCGUCAAAGCUGUGACGGGUGGCUACAAGGUGACGUACCACCCCGACGGCAAGGACGAUCCGAACGGACGUGUGUAUGAGAUCGACUUUUCGACGCCGUGGAAGCGUUUCGAGAUGAUCCCCGAGCUCGAGAAGCAGCUGCAGGUCACGUUCCCCCCGGCCGACCAGCUGCACACCGAGGAGACGCGCCAGUGGCUGAGCGACCUGUGUGCGAAGCACAAUGUGGACUGCAGCGAGCCACGCACGGCCAACCGCCUGAUCGACAAGCUCGUGGGUGAGUUUAUCGAGUCGCAGUGUGUGAACCCAUCGUUCAUCAUUGGUCACCCUCAGAUCAUGUCGCCCCUCGCGAAGCGUCACCGCUCGAUCCCUGGCCUUUGUGAGCGCUUUGAGGCGUUUGUGGCGACGAAGGAGAUCGCGAAUGCGUACACCGAGCUGAACGACCCGUGGGUGCAGCGCGAGAACUUUGAGGAGCAGGCGCGCCAGAAGGAUGCAGGCGACGACGAGGCACAGGCGGUGGACCACGUCUUCCUCGAUGCGCUCGAGCAUGGUCUGCCACCGACGGGUGGCUGGGGUCUGGGUAUCGACCGCCUCGUCAUGUUCCUGACGGACUCGAACACGAUCAAGGAGGUGCUGGCGUUCCCGGCGAACAAGCCGGAGCAGUAG